AGCAGUCUUACCCCAUUUGACUCGAAGCGUCUUUGAAGUUUUGUGUUUCUUGUAUGACUUCUGUCAAAUCUUUCAGCUAUUUUCCCUCACUUUUUCUUCGCCGAUCUUCAAAAUUAUAUCCCUCUUUCUCUUCAAGUCCUUCCUCACCGAGAAAUCUUCAGCAAUUUUCGUCUAGAUUUUGCAUAUUGUCGCGCAGUUCGAUUCAAACUCGUGCAAUGGCUUCUGGUUCAACAAAUAAACCCAAGUUUACAAACAGACUUGCGAAGGAAAAAUCACCGUAUCUCCUUCAACACAAGCAUAAUCCUGUAGAUUGGUAUCCAUGGGGAGAAGAAGCAUUUGAAAAAGCUAAGAAAGAAGACAAACCCAUUUUCUUAUCAGUUGGUUAUUCUACAUGUCAUUGGUGUCAUGUCAUGGAAAGAGAAUCGUUUGAAGAUGAAAAAAUCGGGAAAUUAUUAAAUGAAAACUUUGUGCCUGUGAAAGUGGACAGAGAAGAAAGACCAGAUGUAGAUAGAGUUUACAUGACAUAUAUACAGGCUAUGAUGGGCGGAGGCGGCUGGCCUAUGAGCAUCUGGUUGACACCUGAUUUAAAGCCAUUCAUGGGCGGAACAUAUUUUCCUGUUAAUGACAUGCAGGGGAGACCUGGGUUUGGUACCAUUCUUGCACAUGUUUCAGAAAAGUGGAAGACCCACAAAGACAAGUUCAGCCAACAGAGUGGUAUAAUUAUCAAUGCAAUCCAGGCACAUGUUAAUGACCUUGGAUUGAAUGCCAGUAGAAUGCCAGAGCUUGCGGUUAGUGACAAGAUAUUUGAGUCCUUAUCGAGCAGCUUUGAUGAAGAACUUGGUGGUUUUGGUGGUGCACCUAAAUUUCCCCAACCAGCCAAUUUUGUCUUCCUAUUCAAGUACUACAAACACAAGAAAUCUGACAAUGAUGGCAAAAGAGCUCUGCACAUGUGCUUGAAGUCCUUAGAUUGUAUAGAUAAAGGUGGAAUACAUGACCAUGUCGGCCAGGGUUUCCAUAGAUACUCGACAGAUAGAUAUUGGCAUGUCCCUCAUUUUGAGAAGAUGUUGUAUGAUCAGGGACAACUGGCCUGCUUGUAUGCUGAUGCCUUCCAGACAUCCAAAGACUCCAAGUAUGCUGACACUCUCAGAGAUAUUCUACUUUAUGUUAUGAGAGAUCUUAGCCACAAGCUUGGUGGUUUUUAUUCAGCUGAGGAUGCAGAUUCUCUUCCCUCGUAUGACCAAGAGGACAAGAAGGAAGGUGCAUUUUGUGUAUGGGAAGAAGAAGAGCUGAAGAAGCUGUUGUCAGACACUGUACCAACAAAGUCAGGAGGCACAAUCCCAUUAUCGACCCUGUUCAUUAAGCACUAUGGAGUUGAAACUGCUGGCAAUGUCAAACCACACCAGGAUCCCCAUAAAGAACUCGUCAAGAAAAACGUUCUCAUCGUACGCACCAGCAUAAGUGAAACAGCAGAAAGCCUCGACAUAGAGGAAGACGAAGCCAAAGAACAGCUCAGCAAAGCGAGAGAAAUUCUAUUUGAGGAAAGAAAACAACGACCUCCACCACACUUGGACCAUAAGAUUGUGACGUCAUGGAAUGGUCUAAUGAUAUCAGGGUUUGCUCGAGCUGGACAAGUCCUUGGUGAAGAGGUAUACACCCUAAGAGCCAUCAAGGCUGCUGACUUCAUCAGGAAGAACUUAUAUGACAAAGACACGAAGGAACUUCUAAGGAGUUGUUACCGUGAAAACGAAAACGAAGUUUCACAAAUAGCGAACCCAAUCAGUGGCUUUUCGUGUGAUUACGUCUACUUGAUUCGUGCUCUACUUGAUCUGUAUGAAACAACGUUAGACGAGCAAUGGCUGAAAUGGGCUGUUGAACUACAGGAAAAAACAGACGAGCUGUUCUGGGACAAGAACAAGGGCGGAUACUUCGCAGUGGGUGAAGGCGACUCAAGCAUUCUCAUUCGAAUGAAAGACGAGCAAGAUGGCGCUGAACCAAGUUCAAACUCUGUUUCCACGAGCAACCUCUUACGACUCGCAAACAUGGUGGACUGCGAGGAAUAUCGCAAGAAAGCGGAGAAGAUUUUCACCAUCUAUGACAAAAUCUUAACACAGAUUCCUAUAGCUUUGCCAGAAUUGGUUGCAAAUCUGACGAUCUACCGAACAGGGAUAAAACAGAUAAUUAUUGCUGGAGACCGCGACGGAGAUGACACGAAACAGCUUAUCAAGUGCAUUCAUUCGCACUUUAUUCCCAACAAAGUUGUUCUCCUGUGUGAUGGCCAAGAAGGAUUUCUAUCGAAUAAGCUUGCUAUUUUUAAGAACCUUCAAAGAAUCGAUGGAAAAGCCACCGCGUACGUCUGUGAGAAUUACACUUGCAAACAACCUGUCAAUUCAGUGGAUGAGUUGAACACUUUGUUAACGUCUUGACAUUGGGUUUUUAAGAAUCUUGAGAGAAUCGAUGGGAAAGCUACCGCGUACGUCUGUGAAAACUACACCUGCAAACAGCCUUUGGAUUCAGUGGAUGAGUUGACAUCAGUCUGCGUCAUAUCACAUUUAUCGGGAAUAUACCACUCUAGAAAACUAACAGAAAAACCCAAGGCAACCACACUUUUUCUCAACGAAAUUAGUGUCAUUUCUUUUUUAGUAUCUCUUUACUAAGUUCAAAACCCGGAUAUGUAGAGUUCCUCCGCGCCCGAUUUGCGGUCACCCCACCUUCAUGUUGAAAAUCCCCCCACCACAUCCCCCCAGAAGCACAGACUCUUUCUCUUGGUACGAGUGAGUGAAAAUUCCGAGAGAAAUUGGCUGUGCGUACGCUAGAUGUUUAUAUUAUAUUCAAUCAUGAUCAUUUUAAGUUCUAUACUGAGGAAAAGUUGAAAAAAGCCGUAGCGACAUUUUAGACCGAGGCAUUUUUAGUCAAUGCCACCACAGGUAGCCCAAGUGACCUAUCUUAUCUCAUCUAGGUUUUAUCUAAACUAGGAUUUGCGGUGAUUGUAGUCUAGUAAAGAAAAAUAAAUCUAAAAAAUAUAUGAA